AUGUUCCCGGCGGCGGCGGCCGGGGCAGCGCGGGCCAGAGGCGCGGCGCGCGGAGCCGUCGGCUGCCGGACGGCGCGCGGCGGCGGGCGGGCGGCCAGUGGCCGGCUCUGCGCUGCCCCGGGGGCUCUGAAGGCGAGUCCCGGACUUUGUCUCCCGCGCUUCUUUCGUGCUGACGGUCAGGGAGCUCCGGGUCGGCGAAAGACGCGGGCGGGACGCCGUGGGUCUCGGGCCCGGACGCGACGGUCGGAAGGGAAGGGGCGGACAAAAAAAGACCAAAUGGCAAAGCAACCUUCAGAUGUAAGUUCUGAGUGUGACCGAGAAGGUGGACAAUUGCAGCCUGUUGAGAGGCCUUCUCAGCUCAGGCCUGGGGCCCCUACCUCUCUACAGACAGAGCAGCAAGACAGGAGCCCGGCACCCAUGAGUUGUGACAAAUCAACACAAACCCCAAGUCCUCCUUGCCAGGCCUUCAACCAUUAUCUCAGUGCAAUGGGUUUAGUGUCAGCAAUGAAGUGUACCUAGUACAGGCCUGUUGAGCAGUGAAGCUGGAAUCCUUGCUGCCUGCCUUUGUUAUAUGUUGUUCUAACCACAAAGACUGACUUAUCAAUCACACUGUGCUUGAAGGGGACUCAGUCAGAUACAGCAAAGAGCUUAAAAACGUAACCAGAUGUAUGAGGAAAGAUGAGACAAGUUAAUCAUUUUCAAGAGUGACAUUUUUGAAAGUGGUGUAGUUCAUCAAGGCAGUACCAAUAGAGAACCAGAAAAAUGGGUUGUUUUCUACUCAAAUUCCUCUUUGGGCUGAUUUUUUUGGUUCACUCAGAUGUUUUUGGAUAUGAUACUAAUAAGAUUGUGGGGUUUUAUUUCAGGGAUUAAAGACCAUUUUAGGGUCUGAACCAGGAAAACCUGGCAGUACAGUGAGGGAGCUAACCUGGUGGGGCUGUGGCAGAUUGGGUAGCAUUUGCACUUUGUACAUUAGGACUGUCCCCCCCCACCACCACCAAUCUGUGGAUGUGUGGUCUCAGAGUGGUAGGUUUUCCUACAGUAUAGUGCAAGAUAACCCAGGAGCACAGAUUUUGGUACCAAAAAUCCUAGCAUCAAAGGUGUUUUGACACUGACAAUUAAUUUAGAACUUUGAAAGCACUGUGCAAGCCACAUAAAAACAUCUGCUGGCUAGAUUUGACCCUUGAGCCCCAGCAUGUGACUUUGAGCAUGUUAGCUCUGGUGACCUGAGUAAGGGAGUACGUCUGUGUUGAUUCAAGUCACCCUUCCCCACUAAUGGAAAAUAUUUUGGUCGGGAUUCACCAGAAUCUUAACUUACCAUUUGGACAGAGAAGCCCUUCCUUCCUGCAUUAAUGAAAUAUAGAUAAGUUGGCAGCGCGAUUCCUUAAGGAUCCAGUUUACAGUCCUUUUCCGUGUAGAUCACACUUUUGCCAAAGGCUAACGAAAACGGAGUUCUCAGGCUAGACACUUGGCUGCUGGAACAUAGUGUCAGAUUUUGCAUUUGCCGAUACUGCAGGGCUCUGUCUCUUCAGCUUCGUAGAGGUGUGGGUCUGUCCCCGUGUUAGAGUCAGAACUUGAGAGGGUUGGUCAGGUUGGGUAUACCUGGGAAAUAGCAAGCAGGGACGGCUGAAACACUGGUAGCUAUGCAUGUUGGCUGGGCGUCUGAUGCUAAAAAGUGAGAUAAGCUAUUAGGAUCCUUCCUUAGGAAAAGGAGCUCGAAGUUUUAUUGCUGCUAUUACUUUAGUUAUUACUACCCUCCUGAAUUCAUCUAAACCUUAGAAAUUGGUGCUUACAAAUGUUUUUCUGCCUGUACUCCUGAGUAUAUGAACCUAUAGCAGUUCUUGUCACUCUGAGGAAACAGGGCUUUAUGGGCUGUAUUUUUAAUACCUAUGUAUUUUAAGGAUCCUUCGGAACUCAUAGUUUUCCCCUGCAGACCUAUGAAUCCAUCUCUACAGAUGGUGGCUUAAUGCACAGAAAUAGUUUCUCUUCUUGUUAAUCAGGAAUAGUAAGUGACCUAGUGUUUGUUCUUAUUUUGGG